ACCACAGUCUGCAUUCAAGCCAGUGAGAGAGACGCUAACAUCGGAGUACCUUCACCUUGAACAUCACCAGAGUCACCAUGAAUGCCAACUGUGUGUUUAAUGAUACUGAGAAUAUCAUGAAGUCACUGGAGAUGGCCAUCUAUGUGCCCAUCUUUGUCUUCGGCCUUGUCCUGAACAUCAUCGCACUUGCGGUGUUCUGCACCUUGCUCAAGAAAUGGACAGAGUCCUCCAUCUACAUGACCAACCUAGCUCUGAUGGACCUGCUUUUGUUGCUCCAGCUCCCCUUCAAAAUGCAUGCAAGGGACAACAAGUGGUCCUCUGACAAGACGACGUUCUGCUCCUUCUUGGAAAGCCUGUACUUCAUGGGCAUGUACGGGAGUAUUUACACCAUAACAUGCAUCUCCAUCGACCGCUACAUCGGCAUAUGCCACCCUUUCAGCUUCAGAGGGCUGCGGUCCACAAAGAUCGCUCGGAAUGUGUGCAUCACCAUCUGGUUGGUUGUGGUGUUAGCGACCCUGCCCGUCUACACCUUCCAUGAGAAAGCAAAAACCGAGUUCCGCUGCUUCCAUGGCUUUUCCGACAAGGGUUGGCACACGGCACUCAUUGCCUGCUUGGAGGUGUUUGGGUUUUUGCUUCCCACUCUCGUGUUGGUGACUUGCUCAGCACUGAGCGUCCGUGCGUUAAAGGAAUCCAACACCAGCAGUUUAGAGAAGCAGGCUGGAAUACGAAUCAUCUACAGCAGCCUUUGCGCCUUCCUGGUGCCCUUCACCCCAAGCCAUGUAGCCAUCUUCCUGCAGUACCUGGUGCGCAGUGGCAGAAUCUCAGACUGCGAGGCCAUGAAGAGUAUUGCCCUGUUUGUGCAGUUGACCAUAUGCCUGUCCAAUGUCACCAGCUGCCUGGAUGCCAUCUGCUAUUACUUCGUAGCCAAAGAGGUGCGCGCCAGCAAGAGAGUGAUCAGGCAGUCCAUCAGCAGAAUCAGAAGCAGCAGUGCCUCAGAAGUGUAAGAAAGAAACAUUUUUUGGUUCUCGUAUGAGUAACCACAGCAGGCUCUCAGGCGCUUCUCACGCGAUGGGAGCGUGCCGAGCUCAAGAGAAACUUUAGAGAUGAAUGGUCAAAAGCUGACUGUGCUUGAGUGCAGACUCAUUAUUUA